AUGACCACGAUACCGAACGUGGAUGGUGCGGGAUGCGACGGGGCACAGCCCGAGCCUGCACGCUGUGCCCUCUGUUUAGCGGACGGUCCCAUAAUGCUGUCCAUUGACGAUGAAAAGGAUAACAUGUCGGCCACAAUUCAACUACAUCUCGCUCUAGAUUUGGACAAAUCUCAAUCCGAGUACCGGCAUCGUGUAUGUGGCACUUGCUGGAAGGUGGUAUCGGAGUUUCACUCCUUCUACCUCAUGGUACACGAUGCCCAAAGUGAUCAACGAAAAUUCGUUGUCGAAGAUUCGCUAAAGGACCCACUCGCUCCAUCGAUCGGGUACCGGCGCGGUAGCUCCGGCAGCUCCGACGAUGCACAAUCUUGCAAAUCAUCGCCGCUGCGAGACAGCACGGAAAUUUUGACCGAACCGACCACAAAAGCCACCAGGAAGGGCAAUUCCAACAUCGACAGCGAACUGCUUGAAUUUUAUCAGCGUAUUGUGUGCCAUAUUUGCGAUAAGAUGCCGCGCAGCGAAGAGGCCGCGAUCGAGUACCAAACGCUCGCGCAACUGAACCGUCAUAUGCGCACCGUGCACAAUCUGCAACACGGUACGUUACGGUGUCCCGUUUGUGGGUUGAAAAAUCGCACCCGAGCCCAGCUGUGGCAGCACAAAGAAAUGCACCUGCGGCCGGACCAGUAUCGGUGCACCGUUUGCCAAGAGGUGCACCAGAACUUGGAGCAGCACACGAGAAAGAGGCACGGCGAUCGUGUCCACAUAUGCGAGCAAUGCGGUAGACGCUUUGCGCUUCCCGGCCGUCUGGCCGUGCACGUACGGAAAUCGCACGGCGAGCGUGAUGUAAUGUGUGACCAGUGCAACAAACCCUUUAACAGGUACACGAUCGACGAUCACAAACGCAACGUCCACCACGCAAGCUUCAUCUGCGAGUAUUGUCCGAAAACGUUCAAAUCUCGCUUCUGGCUCAAUCGUCACGCGGAAAGUCACGCCGAUGGGACGGACGGCAAGGCGCGGCACGCAGUAUCCUGUACCGUUUGUGGUACGGUGGUCAAAAACAAGUACAUUCUGGUGGCCCACAUGCGCCGCAUUCACAGCGACCAGCCGGCGGUUAGCUGUGGAACGUGCGGUAAACCCUUCAAAUCGCAACGCCAUCUAAACGGGCACCUGCGGACCGUGUGCACGGAACAGGCGUUUCCGUGUGCUGUCUGUGGCAGGAAGUUUAAGAAGAAGAUCAAACUCCGGGAACACAUGACCACACACACCGGCAUGCCGCUGUACGCGUGCACGUUUUGUCCGCAGACUUUUAACUACGAGUCCCACUUCUACACCCACCGAAAGGUGGCGCACCGUGAGCAGUGGCUCGAGCUACAGCAGAAACGAAAGGACGGAUAUCGUUCGUAG